CAUGCCAAGGAUUGAAUAUCCAUGGUCCGCCUCCAUUUCCUGACUAAGAAGUGUCGUCAGUCUGGAGGGAAAAGGGAGGCCCAUUGAGAUCCCUUCUAUCUGCUGAGGAUGUGGGAGGCUGAGGCUGCUUCUGCACCACCCCCUUCAUUUCCCCACAAUCAACAGGAAGACUGGAGGCCAAAGAGAGCAGCUACACUCUGCAGGAGAGGAAGGACGUAGAGAUCCAGCUGUACAGUCAGAACAAAAGAAAACAAUCAAGGCAAAGGAAUGAGCAAGAAUCAGAAAGAAGUGAAGAAAAUCCAGUCAGUUUAUCUGCAGAACUUGGAAAGACUAAACCAGGGGAUAAAGCCAGACAAGAAAAGUUGGAAACCAAAGGAAGGAGACUUUGCUGUGCAAACAGGGAUGGAAAAGCCACGACAGCCUCCCAUAACUGGAAAAGUAACCAAAAGCUCAGCACAUACACACAGAAUCAGCAGAGAUCUUACCUGCUCCAUCUGUUUGGAUCUUUUCAAGCAGCCGGUGUCCUUACCCUGUGAUCACACCUUCUGCCAGGGGUGCAUUGAGGGUUACUGGUCUGGUCCCCGGGGCCUUGGGCAGGGAGGCACAGGUUCUUGCCCUCAGUGUAGGAAGGUGUACCCCGGACCAAGCUACAGGCCAAACCGUAUCGUUGCCAACAUAGUGGAGAGCUACUGCAAGGGUCUGGAGGAGAGUGGCCCUGGACCCUGCCUGCAAGAUGUUGGGGUGACAGACAGGGCUCCUGCUCCGGUCCCACGCUGCAGCAGACACAGAGAGGAGCUGAAGCUUUACUGCGAGGAGGACCAGGAGCUGGUGUGUCUGGUGUGUGGUCUCUCCCAGGAGCACAGAAAUCAUACCAUGGUGUGUGUCCAGGAGGCUGAACAGAAGUACAGGGCAUCUCUGAACAGCACCAUGGAUUCCCUUAAAGCUGAGCUUAACACAGCGCUACAGUGUGACAGGGAAGCCGAGGACGAGGUCAAAAAGCUCAAGGAGCACACUGCUGACCUAAAGCAGCGCAUUGAGGCCCAGUUCAGCGACCUGCACCAGUUCCUGUACCAGGAGGAAAAGCUGCUGCAGGUGAAGCUGAAGACAGAGGAGCGAAGAGAGCUGAUCCGCCUGGACGAGCACAAGGCUCUGCUGUGUGUGGAGAUCUCUCGUCUACAGAGAGCUGUGCACGAGAUAGAGGAAAAGCUGAAGGAGCAGGACCCGUUCACUCUGCUCCGGAGCAUCAAAGUCCUCCUCCAGAGGCCUUCGCUGAAGUUUGAGAAACCUGCAUUUACACCGCCCAGUCUGUGCGAGGGUCGGUUUGCAGGGCCCCUGCAGUACAGAGUGUGGAAAUCCAUGAAAGGAAGCAUUUAUCCAGUGCCAGCAGCCAUCACAUUCAACUCCAGCACAGCCAACCCUUGGCUCAGCCUGACCUCCUCCCUGACCUGUGUUCGUUACCAGACCUUUAACCACACCGUGCAGGACAACCCCAACAGGUUCAAUGCUGCCCUGUCACUGCUGGGAAGCCAGGGCUUCACCCACGGACGUCACUACUGGGAGAUUGAAGUCUACAGCAGCACAGUGUGGACUGUGGGGGUGGCGCGAGAGUCCGUACCCAGAAAGGGAGUCAUCAAAGCCCUCCCGGCCAAUGGCUUCUGGACUCUGUCCCUCUCUUACGGGAUACAGUACAUGGCUGGCACUUCACCCCCGAAGGUCCUGUCCCUGGAGGAGCCACUGGCCAGGAUAGGGGUUUACCUAGACUACAAGAGGGGCCUGGUGUCCUUUUACAAUGCAGAGAGCAUGACACACCUGUACACCUUCAGGGAGACGUUUAAAGAAACGCUGUACCCUUAUUUCAACUUGGGCUUUCUGGAUAAAGUGCAUGAAAAUGAACCCCUCAAAGUUUUCUUACCAAAGAUUUAAAAAGCUGUGUCAAAAGUACAACAAAAGUGUAAAAGGUUACAAAAGCCAUGAAAAAAACAAGUGCACUUUCUAACAUAGGUAGACACAACAGUGGGCUUAUAAUUGUGAAAAGCACGAUAUGUUAGAAUCAGCUGUCCGUUAGAAACAGAUAAAUCUAAGUAGUAGGCCCUGUGGAAUUAUCUUGUAAACAAACAAAGGUUAUGUUCAUUAGCAAAAUUGUUUCUUCUUUCCUGCCUUUGCUGGCAUUGCAGCAUGUCAUCAGUAGACUGGAUCUACUGCCACACGUCAUCAUUUUGGAGAAGCUCAGCUUCAGUGAAGAAUGAUAAACUGUCUUGUUACCUGAGUGUUGAGAUCAACACGGUGCACUUUAAUGGUUACUUCAGUAAUUCAAUAAUCUUUCUUGUGCAUGUUACACUAAUACUUUCUAAAAAGUAUCUUUAUCACUAUAUACUGUGACUGUGAUAUGACAUCAUGCGUCAGAUGCUUAUAUGGUGUCAGAUCAUACUAACGUUUUAUUUGGUGCCUUCAAAGACUCUGGUAGAUUUUUGAUUGCAGAAUGAUUAUAAGACAUACAUAAUACAUAAUGGAUACUUUGUACUCAUGGUGACAGAUGCAUUGACUGUGACUGUUUACCUCAGCUGGUCUAAGGGCUGAUGCACGUUAAGUAGCACCCAGCAACACACAGAAUAACAUGUGCAACACUUUAAUAAAAACAUAUCUUGAAA